AUGGAAGCCAGCUCGGUUUCCAAAAUGCAGUUUGCGUUGUUUGGGUUGGCGUUGUGGUUGGGUGUUCAGCUGGAGUGGGUUCACUGUAGUGUUACCUACGACAGAAAGGCCAUCCUCAUCAAUGGCCAAAGGAGACUCCUUUUUUCUGGCUCUAUACAUUACCCCAGAAGUACCCCAGAUAUGUGGGAAGAUCUGAUUUACAAGGCUAAGGAGGGAGGGCUAGACGUCAUUGAAACCUACGUCUUUUGGAAUGUUCACGAGCCUUCUCCUGGCAAUUUCAACUUUGAAGGAAGGUAUGAUCUGGUGAGGUUCGUGAAGACAAUACAGAAAGCGGGGCUAUAUGCUCAUCUUCGCGUUGGACCUUAUGUCUGUGCAGAAUGGAAUUUCGGUGGUUUUCCUAUUUGGCUCAAAUAUGUUCCAGGCAUCAGCUUUAGAACAGACAAUGAACCUUUCAAGAGGGCAAUGCAAGGGUUCACUGAGAAGAUUGUGGGAAUGAUGAAGAGUGAGCGUCUCUAUGAAUCUCAGGGUGGCCCUAUAAUACUCUCUCAGAUUGAGAAUGAGUACGGGCUACAGAGUAAAUUACUUGGACCCCCUGGCCAAAGGUAUAUGAACUGGGCUGCAAAAAUGGCUAUUGAAACGGGAACGGGAGUCCCCUGGGUGAUGUGCAAGGAAGAUGAUGCACCAGAUCCUGUGAUAAACACAUGCAAUGGCUUUUACUGUGAUUAUUUUACUCCUAAUAAACCCUACAAGCCUUCAAUGUGGACUGAGGCUUGGAGUGGAUGGUUUUCUGAAUUUGGAGGUUCAGUACAUGAAAGACCUGUUCAGGAUUUGGCAUUUGCAGUUGCCCGAUUCAUACAGAAAGGAGGAUCUUUUGUAAACUACUACAUGUAUCAUGGAGGAACCAAUUUUGGCCGCACAGCUGGAGGCCCUUUCAUCACCACAAGUUAUGAUUAUAAUGCUCCACUGGAUGAAUACGGUUUGAUCAGGCAACCUAAGUAUGGUCAUCUAAAGGAGCUUCAUAGGGCUAUUAAGAUGUGUGAGCGGGCUUUAGUUUCAACUGACCCAACUGUUACUUCAUUGGGGAAUUUUCAACAGGCUCAUGUAUACUCGGCAAAAUCUGGAGACUGUGCUGCAUUCCUCUCAAACUAUGAUGCAAAAUCUUCUGUUAGAGUGGUGUUCAACAAUAUGCACUAUAACGUACCUCCGUGGUCCAUCAGCAUCCUUCCUGAUUGCAGAAAUGUUGUUUUUAAUACAGCGAAAGUUGGAGUGCAAACAUCUCAGAUGCAAAUGCUGCCAACAAAUACACAUAUGUUCUCAUGGGAGAGAUUUGAUGAGGAGGUUUCGUCUCUUGAUGACAGCUCUGCAAUUACAAUCACUACUUCUGGUCUCCUGGAACAGAUAAAUGUAACACGGGAUACCAGUGAUUAUCUUUGGUAUAUAACUAGUGUUGAUAUAGGUUCAUCCGAAUCCUUUCUCCGAGGAGGCAAACUACCUUCUCUCUUUGUUCAAUCCAUGGGUCAUGCUGUGCAUGUUUUUAUCAAUGGUCAACUUUCAGGUUCUGCCUUUGGAACACGGGAGGAUAGGAGAGUCAGAUAUACUGGCCCGGUAAACCUCCAUGCUGGCACAAACAGAAUAGCACUGCUCAGCGUUGCCGUUGGACUUCCUAAUGUGGGAGGACAUUUUGAGACUUGGAACACAGGAAUCCUUGGUCCAGUUGUACUCCGGGGACUUGACCGGGGAAAAUGGGAUUUAUCUUGGCGUAAAUGGACUUAUCAGGUUGGGCUGAAAGGAGAGGCCAUGAAUCUUGCAUCUCCAAAUGGUAUCUCCUCUGUAGAGUGGAUGCAGUCAGCAUUAGCUUCAGACAAAAAUCAACCACUGACGUGGCACAAGACUUAUUUUGAUGCUCCAGAUGGAGACGAGCCGUUGGCAUUGGACAUGGAGGGUAUGGGUAAAGGUCAAAUAUGGAUCAAUGGACUGAGCAUUGGAAGAUACUGGACUGCUCCAGCUGCUGGUAAUUGCAAUAAUUGCAGCUAUGUGGGCACCUUCAGACCUCCAAAGUGCCAGGUUGGUUGUGGCCAACCAACCCAGCGAUGGUACCAUGUACCUCGAUCUUGGUUGAAGCCAAAUCAUAAUCUGCUAGUUGUUUUUGAGGAACUCGGGGGAGAUACCUCAAAGAUAUCACUUGUAAAGAGAGCAGUGAGCAGUGUCUGUGCUGAUGUGUCUGAGUACCACCUAAGUGUUACGAAUUGGGAGAUUGAAAGCUAUGAGAAAUCAAUAGAGUUCCAUGCCCCCAAAGUUUACUUGCAUUGCAGUCCUGGCCAGACCAUCUCGUCCAUUAAAUUUGCAAGCUUUGGAACUCCUCUCGGGACCUGUGGAAAUUAUGAGCAGGGAGAUUGUCAUUCUCCCUCUUCCUAUUCCAUUCUAGAGAAGACAUGUAUAGGAAAGCGAAGAUGCACGGUCAUUGUGUCAAACAGAAACUUUGGGGAUGACCCUUGUCCAAAUGUGUUGAAGAGGUUAUCAGUUGAAGCCGUUUGCACUCCAACCAAGUGGAGGGGCUGA